UAACCGAGAAAGAAGAGAGCGAGGAAGCGGUCCCACCAUAUCCCACCACAUCCCAUCACAUAACGGUAUUCGAGAUACUGAGGAUCUGUAUUAGAGGCGCGCGUGAGGCGUGUUUUGCAGUGUCUGAAAAUACCCGCCACGUAAGGACGGAAUACCGAUCAGAAAAACCAUAGACUGUUAAUUUUUCAACAAGGUUGCUACGAGGUCUAUAUAAAAGUGCCCCUCAACAGUAUAUUGUGGCUCGAAGUUCUACGUGCCAGAUGGCGAAACGAAGGUUUUCCUGUUCCUGUGAAGGAUAUUUCAUCGAGGAAGCCAAUGAAGCAGAUAAUGAGGAGCUAAUUGAGUUGCUGACCAAUGUUUUUCUUGAGACCGAAACUCUUAUGUAUCGAUUGAUGCUGAAUGCAGACCCCGAUCGCGAUGAGCGUAAGAUUAUUAAUCAAGAUAAAUAUAUAACGAUGACGUCGCUGGUACGUGACAGCGAUUACAAGAAAAUAAUAGCUGUCCACGAAGAGACUAGCCGAAUUGCAGGAAUACUAAUUUUGCGCACCUAUACUAAGGAGAACCGUCCAGAAAGCAAUAAAGAAGAUAGACACGAAGAAAAGCCACAAAGUCGUGUCUUCAGUGAUUUGUACGGGUACAUGGAAUACAUUGAAAAGCAGGUGGACGUGUUCAAAUUAUAUACUGAUUGCGAAUCUUACACGGAAUUCGAGUUGGUCACUGUAAGACCAACCGACAGGCAAAAAGGUCUUGCCUUUGAAUUGUUAAAAGCUGGCAAAGAAGUUGCCAAAGAAAAUCCUAAAGUUAAUUUACUUUACGGUAUAUACACAUCGCCGUACAGUCAAAAUAUGGCCAAAAAACUUGGCAAGAGGUCUAUUUUCGAAAUGAACAUUUCGCAAUACACAGAUAAAGAUGGAAUAAAAGUGUUUCAAGGUAUUGAUCCGAAACAAGUAGUCUCGAUAAUGACUAUGAAAAUUUAAAUAUGGCGGUAAUUAACAGCGCGAAUCAUAUCACAAUUAAUAUUCUAAAUAAUAAUGAUAUUUAAAUAAUUUAUCGAAAAAGACUCAACUCUGUUUGCAUCUUUUUAAAAAAAGAUCAAUAAGAGUCCAGUGGUAGCCACGAGAUGAUUCUCGGCAUAAAUGAAAGUUAAGUCAAAAUCAUCCUUGAAAAUAAAACGGCAGAGAAAAAGUAGAUAGAGUACCUAUAUAAUCAAUAAAUCAUCAAGAAUUCCUCGCGCUGCUAAACAGGUAGUGCCAUCUACAAUAUCCUUACGUUCUUGCCGGGAAGUAAAAAGGGCACGUGUAACCUAUCCGCUUUUAUAGCGUGUCAUAAAUUCGUAUAAGAUCUCUGAUGGGGACUUACGCUGUGCUAAGACGUUAGCAUUUAUGUUUAUGUUCAUGUUGAAAACAAUUUUUUAUCCCGACACAUCAGACAAUCCUUUAACGUCUGGUUGGUUCAACGAUUUGUUUUGUAUAGCUCUGUAGAAAUAACGGUAGACCGAAGUAUGAUAAACGAAUUUAUAAGUUCCAUCGGUAAAAAGAUUUAAUAGUUUAAUUUUCAAUUUGACUUAGGAACAACAAUAGCUAUUAGACUUCUCUAUUCGAAUUUCUUCGAGAUAUACGAAUACCUAUAAUCUGUACAUGGAUAAAAUGUUUCGGAGGUGCCAUCUUCCUAUGACUUACAAUGUAAAAGAGUCCCCUAGACAUCAUACGUUACGUAUGGGUUGACUGUAUGUCGAUAAUCGUUGAUUCGAACUCGGACAGUCAGUUCGCACCCUAUAACAGGGAUUUUGCGUAUUUUAAGGGUCGUUAACCUAAUGAUCAGUUAUAAAGUUUUAAAUUAAAACUUAUUUUUUGAGUGUACGGAAUAAGUGUCACUGAAUGCAUGAGGAAUGGACAUGAGAACCCCUGGGGAUUGCCUGAGAAUAGGAGUGCAUAAAAAAUAUAAACGAAUUGUAGUGCGUGAAUGUCAAGUGUGAUAGAGGUUACAGACACAGAGAGAGAGAGAGAGAGAGAGAGAGAGAGAGAGAGAGAGAGAGACAGACAGAGAGAGAAAGAGAGACAGAGAGAGAAAGAGGAUAUGAUUGUGCAAGUGAUAGAAGAAGAAAUAAAAAUUAAGACGAAUAAGAUGGUAAAGAGUUAGGAAGACGAAGUAAAACAUGUAUGUUGACAAAACGGAAAGGUGUAUCAGUGAUUCAUUUUUUGGAUCGAGAGAAAAGGUGCAACUCGAGCGGAUAAUAUUAUAGAGAUCAAUCGACAAAACAGAUUUACUUGUAAAUAUAAUUUACGCGUUUUAUUUAUAAGCUAACAGAUAUGAGAAUAACGAGAUUUUAUAUAAAAUUAUCAUUCAGCCGAUGAAACUAGAUGGCGCUUGAUUCUCCUUGCUAGUGUAAUAAAUGACCAACAGAUGGCGUGUCGUCACAGUGAAAAAAUACUAUAGGCCCUACAACCAUUCUGUUAUCACUGAGAGAUUACAGCUGAAUUAGUUAUAACGUAUAGCUGCUAUAAUCAUAUAUAUUGGUACAGUGGCCACGUAAUAUAGGUAUAACAACCAUAGUAUUAUGGCUGACAAUAUCGUUACUGUAGCUGAAAGAUGGUUAAAUAAAACUUUACGCAACGUAAAGUCGUUGCGUGGACUAUA